ACUCCGUUGGGGCGAAGCUCGCUGUCACAUUGAGCUCGGUCGUUUUCAGCGGUUUUUAGAGUCUUCAACGUGCGGCUUUCAAUAGUCAUUAAAAAUGCGUGAAAUCGUGCAUAUCCAGACGGGGCAAUGCGGAAACCAGAUUGGUGCAAAAUUCUGGGAGGUAAUUUCUGAUGAGCAUGGUAUCGAUCCAACUGGUGCCUACCAUGGCGACUCUGACCUGCAGCUGGAGCGCAUCAACGUGUAUUACAAUGAAGCAUCCGGUGGCAAGUACGUACCACGGGCUGUGCUAGUUGAUCUCGAGCCAGGCACUAUGGACUCUGUACGGUCGGGUCCUUUCGGACAACUUUUCCGGCCGGACAAUUUUGUGUUCGGGCAAAGUGGCGCAGGCAACAACUGGGCUAAGGGCCAUUAUACAGAGGGAGCUGAAUUGGUCGACUCCGUUCUCGAUGUGGUGCGCAAGGAGGCUGAGGGCUGCGACUGUUUACAAGGCUUUCAGUUGACUCAUUCGCUAGGAGGAGGCACUGGCUCAGGAAUGGGCACCCUUCUCAUUUCGAAGAUCCGCGAGGAGUAUCCAGACCGUAUAAUGAACACUUUCUCUGUCGUUCCGUCACCUAAGGUUUCCGACACGGUUGUCGAACCCUACAAUGCAACCCUCUCUGUGCAUCAGCUGGUGGAAAACACGGACGAGACUUACUGUAUCGAUAACGAAGCCCUUUAUGACAUUUGUUUCCGAACUCUAAAACUGACUACCCCGACGUACGGUGACCUCAACCAUCUAGUGUCAGCGACAAUGUCGGGAGUGACCACUUGCCUACGUUUCCCAGGACAGUUAAACGCCGAUCUCCGAAAACUCGCCGUUAAUAUGGUGCCGUUUCCUCGUCUACACUUCUUCAUGCCUGGCUUUGCGCCACUGACGUCUCGUGGUUCGCAGCAAUACCGAGCUCUUACCGUUCCCGAGCUUACACAGCAGAUGUUCGACGCAAAGAACAUGAUGGCUGCGUGCGACCCGCGUCAUGGCCGUUACCUGACAGUGGCUGCGAUUUUCCGUGGCCGAAUGUCCAUGAAGGAGGUGGACGAGCAGAUGCUCAACGUCCAAAAUAAAAACUCUUCUUACUUCGUCGAAUGGAUUCCAAACAACGUCAAGACCGCCGUAUGUGAUAUUCCGCCCCGUGGACUCAAGAUGGCGGCUACUUUCAUCGGUAACUCGACAGCCAUCCAGGAGCUGUUCAAGCGAAUUUCUGAGCAAUUCACUGCCAUGUUUCGUCGUAAGGCUUUCCUCCAUUGGUAUACUGGCGAAGGCAUGGAUGAGAUGGAGUUCACGGAGGCCGAGUCUAAUAUGAACGACCUCGUGUCGGAGUACCAGCAGUAUCAAGAAGCGACCGCUGACGAUGAGGGUGAGUUCGACGAUGAGGAAGAGGAGGUCCAGGCCGAGUAGAUGUUGACGGCAAGGCGACAACCGACUAGCGAAGAAAGGGAAGAAUUUCGAAUUAAAAUUUAUGACUACCACUACUACUACCUGCUACAGAAAAUGCGAGCUAGGUGCAAACAGACCCCAAACCAGAUUAGUCCUACUAAUCCGUCGAGCUGUAGCAGUCCCCGUGUAAUCUGUCGAUGUCUCUGGUUUAAUGGGGGUCGCCUUUAGGAAUAACGUCGCGCUUUAAGCUGUUCACACAAGUAUUGUGUUCAAAUGGUCUCUGUACAUAUACAAAGAACGUGUUGGAUGCUAAUACCUCUACGAUUCGAUCAGCACGGACUGGUGCUGGUAAGGUUCUGGUAGAAUACGGGCCAAAAUUUUUUCUGGCCUUUUUCAACCAUCUCUCUAUAAUAUCGUCUUCGUCUGCUAAUUUAUUACGAUUUUGGCGACCGAGCAGAUUUAUUUCACGAAAUCUAAGCAGUCUCCAGACAGCCGUCGUGGAUUAUCCUAAGGUAAAAACUAAACAGUAUAAGAAAAGCGAGGGUGAUGAAUCUAUAUUAUAUUAUAUUAUUACUAAACGAUCAGCCUUGAUUGAGUUGACCUAGGAACGGCGAGAGCUGAUUCCAUCCUUGAAUGACCUCAACAGUGAAAAAACGACCGAAAUAUGACCUAAAAUAAUACAUUCGAUUUGUUGAACGCAU